AUGCAAACAAAUUUGGCAACCGUAAAAGAAAACUUGAGCUGCGCGCCACAUAUCUCAACAGAGUUGCAGUUGCAUCUUCAGCAAAACUCGCAUGCUGAGCGCGAAGAGGAGGAAGAGGAGGAAGAGGAGAAGGAGGUGACAGAGGCGCAUAGAAUAAAGCGAAUAAAAGAUCCCGAGGAUAAAGAUUCUGAAGAGGAGGAUGAUCAAAAUAAUGAUACUGAUGAUGAUUUUACGAAUGGGGGAUUUGAGAAACUAGCUAAUACCACUGUUGUGGAGGUUAAAGCCGUGCCAGAAUACCAAGAGUCCGAAGAGGAAGCCAACGAGGAGACAUACUUUGAUGCAUUAACGUUUGAGAACCGAGAACUGUCGGCAAACGGGGAAUAUUCCAUGGAUGAAAGCGAAGACGAGGAAGAGGAAACUGACGAUGGUGACGAGGAUGAUCAAGAGAGUCCCGUAGACUCUCUUAAGUUAAGAUGA